UGUUUUCGAAUUCAUUCGAUUGUUAAGACAGCACAGCACAGCGCGGCAGUUCAAAACGGAUUUGAAUUUAAUUUUCGCUAGAAAUUAAAAAAACUUCCUCCUUUUUUUCAAUUCAAAAAAUGGCUUUCCGUUUCACUCAAUUCUUGGCCAUCGGCUGUAUUUUCUUGGUUGCCGUCAAUGCUGCCGCCAUUGACAACAGUGUGGCCGAGCCACGCAUUGCCUCGUCGGAGGAUUUGAUCAGCAACAUUGUGGACAAUUGCUUCAACGAAAAUGGCAUGCACUGCCUGAAGGAGAAGGUCUUGACCUAUUUGGAUGAUGUGGCCGGUGUUGAGGAGGAAGUCAGUGGUCGGGCUCUGAGCGAUGAUGUCAUGGAUAAGGCAAUUACCGAUCGUGUGGCCCGCAUUUUGAACACCAACGAAAUCCGUGUACAAUUGCCCCAGACAUUGUUCGACAGCUCUGUUAUCACCUAUCGUGCUGAUCGCGGUUUCGAUUUGGAAGUUGCCCAAACUGAUGCCCGCAGCCACAAGAAGAAGAACAAGUUGAACACCAGCCUUUUGUUGUUGGUCACCAUCAAGGCCAUCGUCAUGCCCAUCCUCAUGGUCUUGAUCAAAUUGAAGGCCAUCAAGGCUUUGAUUUUGUCCAAAUUGGCCAUUAAAUUGGUUUUGGGUUUCGUCCUCUACAACCUGUUCACCAAGUUGAGCGGUGCCAAGAUGACCAUGAUGCCCAUGUCUGCCGCCUCCACCGCCUACGAUCGCAGCAGCAAUGCCGAUGCCCAGUACUUGGCCUACAAUGCCUACUAAGAGGGUUAUGCUAGCUUAGACACAAUUUUGGACCCACAACCACCAUCACCAACCACAAAUGGAAGCUGCUAAGUUUUAGUUUUGAAAUCUCAAAAGAAAGGGGUGCAUCCUCGAGCAUUUCAAAAGGCUUAUGUAGUUAAGUAGUUUAAUUAAAUUAUUAUUAUUUAUAAUUUAUUUUUAUGCAACAAAAACAAAAAAAAAAAAAACAAGUUCCAUCGACCAUAGAGAGCUGGAACUGCAAGGCCCUCUUCCCCCUUUUCAUUCUGUCAACUUUUUUCUGUUUUCUACAACUUUCCCUCUUUCGAUUUCACUUCCAACUAUUUCCGCUCACCUCACCUCAACGAACAAUGAAAUGUCAUUCCAAAGAAGUUCUUAAGUUAAUAAUAAUAAUAAUAUUUAUUUAAUUUAUUUAAAAAAAAAGUAAAAAUGCAAAUUACAAGAAAAAAUG